AUGUCUGAAAAUACCAAUACAAAAGUUCUUCCAUUACCGUCUAAAAGCGGUUCUAAACAACUUGAUCAUAUCCAAGGAGACUUUAAUCGUUUAACUAACGAAAUUAAGCAAUUAAAAAAAGAAAACGAAGAAUUAAAGAAAAAUAAUUCUGAAAAGUGUGAAAAAGAGUUAAAAAAAAUCGAACAACAAGUAGAACAAUGUCUAACUUCGUUACGUACCGAAUAUGAUAAAAACGCCACUUUGGACCAAAAAAUGAAAGAACUUGUAGAAUUAUGCAAAGAUUUUGGAGAAGAACUUCCUAAUUUUAGAAACAAACGA